AUGGCGGGUCCGAUCCACACCUACGGCCCGACCUGCCUGCUGGCAGACGAGGAGGACGAGCUCUCCCCGCUGCAUUCCCUGCCAGCACCGCCAGAUGUACGUGCGCACUUCUUCUAUGUAUCAUCGCUUCCGAUCGAUGAUCCGCUGGCUCCCUUGCCCUCAGCAACGGGUCUAGCGACGAACAAUGAGCGCGCGCCGCCUCAGCCCUUCGCGGCUAGGGAUAACAUCGCCCUCGAGGCAGCUUGGCAAGAGCUUCGCCAGACGAGAGGUGCUGGCUCGCCGAACUCUCGGCCCCAGACCGCAAAGGAUGCGCGCACGGGCAUUGCUGUGCCUGGGAGGGAGCACUUUCUGGACUCCGGUUUGAUGGGGAGUCGAGGGAAUUCCGUGAACACGCCAACUUCCUUCCCAGAGGGCCAAUCCCUGAGAAGUCGACUCGAGCGCGAUACGAGCAAUCCAAAAACUCGUGCGGGUGAUGACUCGCGAGAACCCGACCUGGACAGCUUCGCUUCUCAGCGCAAACGGGACCGAUCCUCCUCCAUGAAGGACUCCACUCCUGCCAAAAAGAGAAACAGCUUCACGCCAGAGAUGGACGGGACCGACGAUGGAGAAGAGCGUGGGCCAAGUAUUCACGCCACACAUUCUCGGGAUGCCAGUAUCAGCGGUUCGCCGUUCGCAAGGGCUCCCAUUUCCCAGCGGAGCCACAGUCCUCUCGGUCGGUCGGUUGAAUCGCUCUCGUUACGGGACGAGGGCCAAGGAGAAAUCCCUAGAAGCAGUGCCGCUCAUCGACUCGCUUCAAAGCCCUCGGGGCUGAGAGCAAGCCUUGGUCCAGAUGAAAUGGCUCAAAAUUCUUCGAGAGAUGGAACUGAGUCGACGGCUCCUCAAUUGAUGAUUCCGGUGGGCGUCUCUCGGCUCCACUUGGUCGAGCUUCCAAACUUGAAGAUGAAACCCAUUUACUGGAGUCCCCUUCACGACAUCUCAAGCGUGCUUCGCGCUACAUGGUUCUACAGGAACACCAUGUUGCCCGUGGAGACCGAUCUGGCGAACAAGCUCGAGGAAGGAUAUAACUACUUAAAGCCAUGGACUGAAACAUGGCAGGACGAACUGAACAGUUGCAUGGAGAACGGUGCUGCUGCAGAGAUGAAAAUCGUACACCGAUUGUUCUCGAAAGACGACUCCCUUAGUCGGCCUGAAACCGCCCAAGGCCAACAAAGCGUUGAUUCUGAGGAAGCCGUCCAUCAUAUGACAUUCGAAAAUAACCAAGCGGCCGGCGGAACAGCUGCGCACUUGGAGGCAAUCAAGCCCUAUGUCAACUCCAGUGCGAUCUAUGUGGAUGCAAAGAAUGCCCAAAUCUUGAGACCCAGUUUACUUCCGUCCGUCUCAAGGGGACGACGCCCGCUCAGCGCGAUUCGGAAGGGUCGACAAAUCGGCAUCCCCGUGGUUCGGGGCUUCAGUCGCAAACUAUGGGACAAGCUGCAUCCAUCCAAGCCCAACCCCAUCGAUGUGAGGCACUACAUUCGACGCACGCAAUCACGAGACUCGGCUGCAGCGCCGGGUCAACAAAUCUGCUACGGUUGCCGAAUGGAGGAGCUGCGCCCGCAACCGACAGAUCUCGUCCUCGUCAUUCAUGGCAUCGGGCAAAAGCUCUCCGAACGAAUGGAAAGCUAUCACUUCACUCACGCGAUUAACGCGUUCCGUCGCGAGGUCAACAUGGAACUGAACAACGAGCCUGUCUGGCCUCAUGUCCGCCAGGAUCACGGCGGGAUCAUGGUCCUCCCCGUGAACUGGCGGUCAACGCUCUCCUUGGAAGAAGCCAAUAUUGACUCUCCUACUUCGGAGGACCUGCCGAACCAGUUCUCCCUCGCGGAUAUUACGCCCCAAACACUCCCCGCUGUGCGCGCUCUCAUCAGCGAUGUGAUGCUUGAUAUCCCUUACUAUCUCUCACACCACAAACCCAAGAUGAUAAAGGCAGUCGUUCGAGAAGCCAACCGCGUGUAUCGUCUCUGGUGCAAGAAUAACCCUCAUUUUCGGGAACAUGGCCGCGUGCAUCUUCUGGCCCAUUCGCUUGGGAGUGUCAUGGCACUCGACAUUCUGAGCCACCAGCCGACACACGUACCCCAGUUCGACUUUUCCACGACACCAUUGCAUCACGAUAUCUUCGAGUUUGAUACGAGACAUCUCUUCCUCUGUGGAAGCCCUGUCGGAUUUUUUCUUUUGCUGAAUAAAGCGAGUCUUCUCCCACGAAAAGGCCGAGACAAACCAGGCAGCGAAGGCGAGGAUCGUCUGCGCGGCGUGGCGGGUGAUGCUGACAAGUACGGCUGUCUGGCUGUGGACAAUCUUUACAACAUCAUGCACACAACAGACCCAAUCGCCUACCGCGUGAACGCAGCGGUAGAUACCGACCUUUCGAACAGCCUCAAAACAGCCGCAAUCCCCAGCUCGACCUCCACAUUCUGGCAAUCCCUCAGCAGCGUCUUCCGAUGGAGUCCCAAUUCAUCCUCAGCAUUCAUCCCCUCCCUCCCAACCUCCACCACUAUCACAGGAGCAACCCGCCCCGCAGCAAUCUCCAAACUCCCCUCGAACGUCGAGCUCGAAACGCAUGACUUCACCCGCGAAGAAAUUGCCGAGAAGCGCAUGCUUCUGCUGAACGAUAACGGCCAGAUUGACUUCUACCUCUCGGGCGGCGGAGGGCCGCUCAAUAUCCAGUAUCUGAAUAUGUUGAGCGCGCAUAGUAGUUACUGGACGCUAGCGGAUUUUGUGAGGUUUUUUGUCAUUGAGCUUGCAAGGAAGCCCGGGAGGGAGGGGACCUUGAGGGCUUUUCGAGCGGAGAAGAAGGUGGGCUGGAAGUAUUCUAAGGGAUAG